UAUGAUAUGACAUCACAACACAGGCUGGAGUGGCCAGUGCCAUCGUUUGCCCUCACAGGCAAAGCAAGAGCAUUGGCUCUUGAUCUUCCCCAGCUCCCCUCUUCAGGCUUGCAGGGGUCUGAAGGCCAAACUCAUAACUUGAAGCUUUUAGGACCAGUGUGUCCAAAGUCCCAGCAAGUGGAAGACAAGGAAGCUCAGCGCCGGGCAUUCCUGAGGGGUUCAGAGAGCCCGGCCACAAUGGAUUACUGGAAGCAAUACAUCAACAGCAUCCUGGUGGACAGGAUCGUUGAAGAUGUGGCCAUCGUGGGUCUCUCUGACAACAAGUGUGUUUGGGCAGCCAAGCCAGGAGGGCUCCUCGCAGCCAUCUCACCUCAAGAAGUGGGCUUGAUCACAGGCCAGGAUCGGAAGAUGUUCCUGCUAACGGGAAUCACCAUAGCUGGCAAAAAGUGCAGUGUGAUUCGCGACAACCUGCUGGUGGAUGAAGACAACGUGAUGGAUGUCAGAAGCAAAGGCAAUGACAGCAGAUCCAUCUGUAUUGGCAAGACCCCCAGAGCCCUGAUCUUCCUCAUGGGCAAGAAGGGAGUCCAUGGAGGAGCCCUUAACCAAAAGGUCCAUGAUAUGAUUGUGGGCAUGAAAGUGUGAAGCAAACAGUGCCAAAGAGAUGACAUCUUCUGCCUGAGCACAGGGGCACAGACAUUGCGUAUCAGAAGGAAAUAAACCUGAUUUUAUUGCAGA